AAUCCAACUUCCAGUAACCCAGCAGACUGAGCAUCUAACCACAUCUGAGUCAGACCAAUCAAAUCAUUUUCCCUUAACCGAUUUGCCACACCUCUCGUCCACCCCUAUAGGCAUCAGCCGAUCACUAGCAGACCUGCCUGACGACGCAUCUGAGGCUCUUGUUCGACUCUCCCAGCUUCAGCUCAGCCUCCGACUGAUCAAACACUCGACGGCCCUUCAAGUGGUCGAUUUGAUGACGCCAGACAUUGUCUCAUCUUCGGUCGACUGGUCUCCUUGGCUCUACAGGCUUACUGCUCAGUUGACCCGAAUACAGACGGCCUGGCAGCGAGCCGAAACCUCAUGCCGCGUCAGUCUGCUGGCCGAGACUGUGAAGAUCUGGCGAGGCUGGUGCGAGCAGAUCGAGACUGAAACGAAGCCGGAGACCGGGUCUGGAGAUGGGUGCGGCACCGAGUGCGAGUCGGAGGGAUUCGGUGAAAGGUAA